AUGUCGGCCUUGAUUCGAACCGGCCCCAGCAGACUCAAAUCCAAGACCGGCUGCAAAACAUGCAAAAUACGCCGCGUCAAGUGUGGAGAAGAGAAGCCUCACUGUCUGCGAUGCACGAGUACGGGACGGUGGUGCGACUAUGCUAGGCCUGCAGCCACCCGGAGGGAUCGUGUUGCAGUAUCUCGUGUUCUACCAACAGCUUCUCCUGAAUCAAGGGAAAGGCGCGCGUUCGAGUAUUACUUUUUCCACGCUGCGCCGUGUCUGUCUGACGUCCUGGACCUGGACUUCUGGCGAGGCACCGUAUUGCAAAUGUGCAGAACUGAACCAGCUAUCUGGGACGCGAUAGCCGCCCUGGGUACCUUCUAUGAACAGCCACCACCGAUCCGGCGAAUCGCUACAUAUCAGGUUGAGGACACCAAUCAGCUAUCUCGACCCGGGUCCGGGACCCAUAGAGAGGCCUUUGCCUGGUACUCGCGUUCUCUGAAACGACUUCAACGUCAGAUCGAGCGGGGUGCUGUAAGCCAUGCGGUUGCGCUGAUGAUCCAGGGCAACGUGAAGGAUGCGUUGAGACUGUACCAUCAGGGUAUGCAGCUUAUGGAGUCGAUACCUGAGUCUCUGCGGUCAAAUAUAGAGGCUGCAAUCACGUCCAUCCUUCUCCGCAUCGGCACUAUUGCUGUCAUCAUCACGCGGGACACCCCUUUUCCAGCGCGUUUACCAAGGUUUCCGAGUGCUUCCAAGAACUUCACAUCUCUGUCUGAUGCACGGUCGGCACUUUACACUCUUGUCGCUGAAUGGAAGGUAUUAGAUGAGGGCUGUGCGGCGAUCCGCGAGGCAUCAUAUGAACCGGCAAACCAAGACUCAAUCGCUCGAUUACAACAAAACCGAGACGCUCUUGAACACUCCCUUUUUAUGUGGAACUGUCAGUUCUCUAGACUACCAGAAGUGAUUGACUACAACACCCCAACGCCCAAGACGUCCCGCAAUCACCAAGGAAUCAUAGCCGUUCUCUCCAUGACAUACCACAGCAUCCUCAUUCUUACACAAACCGCCCUCUCUACAUCAGAGUCCUCCUACGAUGCUUACGAAUCUACCUUCACAAAGCUCAUCUCCCACGCAGCCCGCGCAUUAGCCGGCACGGCAACACAAGCCGACACAGGGACUCAACCGCCCUUCAUCUUCGACAUGGGCACGGCCAUGUCCCUAUUCAUCACGGUAAUGAAAUGCCGCUCCCCCUUCAUCCGUCGACAAGCGCUCUAUUAUCUGCUCCAGGCACCGCCGCUACAGGGCAUGCACUUUCCGCACUCGGCGGCGGAUUUUCUUGCAGCGGUGGUGGCUGUUGAAGAGGGCGGAGCUGUUUGUGAGGAGAAGGAUCUGAUGCUUGGGAAUGUUCUGGCUCGACCGGGAAGGGUUCCCGUGGAGAGUGAGCGGAUCUUCUCUUUAAGUCUUCAUCCGUGGCGUACGCAUCAGGGCGAGAUGAGGACUGCUCUGCGAUACGCAAGGAGGGUUACCACUGUUGAUGGGGGGAUAGAGGUUGACCAUCGAACCGUGGUGUUACCUGCCCGGUCACCUCAUCGACGAUUAACGAUCCUUUAG